AUGGGUGGUCCACUAGACGAUAGAGGUAAAGCCAUACAAAUUGAGGAUCAAGAAAAAAAGAAAGUUAUUGAAGAAGGAAACCAAACUAAAAUACGUCUUUGUAGUCCUCCAAAAACCACGUUACUAGAAAGCCCGAUUAUAAAUCUCAAAACCACACAUAUAAACUUCACACAUGAGGAGAAUGAUACGAUCCUGGGUCACAACUCCCCUUGCUCUAGCAAGUUUGGAGGGGAAGCGAACGAUUAUAAUGACAUCCUUGACUCUCCGAUGAUACCUAUCCAGAGGAACCAGUUAAAAUUGAUCAAGAAUUGCUCUAGAAAUUACCAAGAAAUGGCCCAUACUGAGUACAGCCAGACAGACCUGAGCGUAACUUCGAGAGCUGCCCCUAAAAUUGGCUGAGAAAUCCAACAGAGAAAAGACACCCUUAGUGCUAUAAAAGACACCUCAAGGAAGGUAUUAGUACAAACCCCGUUCAAAGUGAAAAAGAUUAAAUCUGAUUCAAAACCUAAAAUCAAGCAUCUUUAUCACUCCUUGAAUAAGAAAUCUCACAGGAACCUCAAGGUAAACAGGAUCCUAAUUUAUUAACAAUAUUGGUUAACCUUGAAAUAAAGCAGAAGAGGUACUUCAA